AUGAGAAUCAACGUUUUAUCAUUCGGAAUCGCCGUGAUCUAUCUCGGCACGGUGGCAUCAGCUGUAUCAGUUGCCAGAGCACCGCCGCCGUUACCGGUCAAGAAACGUCCGUACGGAUGCGAUUGCUACACGAUAUCCGGGCCCGAUCCAGGAUACUUCCAGCACUACAAGCUCUGGGACUUUCGGGCGGUGGAUUUGAAGAAGCAUGCCAAUCUCAAUCUGUCAGAACCCAUUGAUUAUGGUGACGAGGACUGGGAUGAUGACGAUGUGGGCGACGACGAAGAUCCGCAAAACAGCCACCUCUCGUCCGGAGUCCAUGAUGAAAAGGACUCGGAUCCUAGAUCACUGGUAUUCUACAAGUCCUCCUUUGAGAGAGACUGGAGCAGUCAGAACUGGGAACGCCGAGGCACUCCUAUAGCCCCGGUCCUCAUGGUAAAUUCGAAGCACAACGUCUUUCUCACCCGGGACCGUGAGCAAAAUGAUCCCCAUGCGACGUAUCUCGUUCUGCGCACCACCCGCUUUUCAGAAUACACCUCCACCGCGGAGAUCGAAACUCGCAUACGCAAUAUCUACCGGUGCUCGGUACGUGUCCGGCUGCGUUUAUUGCCAGCUGGCUCCGUCGUGUCUCAACCACCUCAGCAUAAAGAAUGGCCGCCGCGGGACCCAAAACGACAUCCCACCGUGCCUUUGAAUAAGACAACCCCGCCCCGUGAUGGCAGGCCACCUGACGGCGCUUGUGCUGGCAUAUUCACUUACCAUGACCAAACCUGUGAAUCCGACAUUGAGAUUUUGACUAAGGACCCAUCUCAUCGCGUGCACUAUGCCAAUCAGCCCGAUUAUGAUUUUACCGCUGAUCAUGAGAUCCCCGGUGCGAGUACCAUUGCCGAUCUUCCUAUUCCGUGGACAACGUGGUCCACACAUCGCUUAGACUGGCUCUCGGACAUGUCACGGUGGUAUGUCAACAAUCAGAUACAGGAUGCCAAAUCAUACAGGGUUCCUGACCUAGAGAGUAUGAUUAUUCUCAAUCUUUGGAGUGACGGUGGACUCUGGACUGGCGACAUGAGAAUUGGUGACAGUAUAUACAUGGGCAUUGAAUACAUCGAGCUGAUCUACAACCGUUCUUCUGAUGCUUUCAGGGGCCCUUAUGUGUCUCUUUCACAAAACCAUGGCGGCCAUCAAAGGGAUCCACCAAAAAAUGGUUCUCUUGGUAAUUGGAAUCCUUUGGAGCCAGAUCAAAACCAUGAAAAGUGCAAGCCAGGUAGGCAGGGCCGCGAGUGCAGAAGAAAGAAGUGGAGGAACAGGCCUCUUCAUGAAUCAUGUCAGAGACCAUGCAACAUUGAUGAACUUUAA